AUUGAAUGUUGGAAUUUUGCUGAGGUUGAAGGACUGUAAAAUGAUUAUAAAAUGUUUUAAACCCGAAAGUCCUAUUAAAGAUCUAUCGGAAACUAGUAAUAAAUCAUUGAGCAUAAAAAAUAAUUAUCCAGGUUAGAUGCAAAUACAUAAUACAGUAUAACGUUAAAAACUGAAUUGUCUUAGGUUUAGGCGAAUAUUUUUGCAGUGAUCGAAUUGAAACUGUAUUAAAAGGUGUUGCCAACGAUUUUAACUGUGAAAUAAACGUUAAACUUGAUCUGGAAGAAUGUAACUGGGAAUUAGACAUUCUUUUUGCAAGCUUAAAAUCCUCUAUACGAAAAGUUUGUAUGAUAUUAAUAAUUUGCUAUAUAAUUCUAUUUAUAUAUUCCAUUUCCGCAAAACGAAUAGGCCAAUGUCAUCAUUGGAAUUUUAGACAAUGGAACAAUAAGUGAAUCAAUAAUAAACUGCUUUCCUAACCGCUUUGAACAUGAAAUAUUUGACUCGGAAGAUAAUUGUUACUAUGCUGAUAAGACAUCAAUACAUUUCAUUGACAUAACAUCUAUCGAAGAAUCUUUUUUAAACUCCCAUUUUCAAGUCUGUUUAUAUGCUUAAAUAGUAAUUUUUAAGAGUAAGUAUAUUCAACAUACAGAAAUCAAUGAUAAGGAUUCUUGAGAAGGUAAAGAUGGAAACGCAGAGAGUUCUAUUUCUUAUAUCUGACUUUGAAGAAAAAUUCGAUUGUUUGACACUUGCGAAAAGUUGGAAGAAAAUAACGAUAGAUUUUCGUAGAAAAUUUCCAGAGUCUCCAUUAAAUAUGUUCUACUUUCUGUGCGAAAAGUUAAGUACUUUUGAGACUGUAAUGAAAACUCAGGGAUUUGGUAUUGAAAUUAAUUGCAAUGUACCUGAAAAAAAGCUUCCUCUUCUCGACAACAAACUAAAUUCAUUAAUAGAAGAUAAUACUGCGGGCGUCGUAUUUGAUUGUAACGAGAGUGAACUUGACAAACUGAAAGAGUUGGAAAAUGAAUUUAUUCGAUUCAAGCAUAGUCACGAAAAACAAACACAAGCAUUUAUGGAAACUUCCAAAGUAUUACUAAUAGGAGUUACUAAGUAUGUUCAAGAAGCUUUAGAAAAAUUACAGAAUGUGAUUGAAGCAGAUUUACCAAUUAAUAAAUAUAGUUUGAAAAAAUACUUUAUAGAGUUAAAAGAUAAGAAUCUUUUUGAUUUUCUUAAAGAUCAUUAUAAAGAUGAAUUGGACAGCUUUUUUUAUGAUACAACAUAUCAAUUUAACGAGAAUACUCUACAAAUUGAAUAUAUGGGUAGUGAAAUUAUGAAAAAAUCAUUCCUUAUUCAACUUGAAAUAUGGAAACAAAACUUGUACGACACUACUUUAAGCUAUAGACUUUAUAAUCUAUUCGGAUAUUUAGGAAGCGCUGAAGGAAGUCAGCAUCUUAAAAAUUGCGAUGCUCUAAUAAAUAAUGUGGCCUUGAAAGAAAAGCCAUUAAGGUCAUGUGGAAAAUUAUCAAAAACAUUUUGUACAGUUUUUACAGAGUUUCAAGAAAAAUAUAACAAAGCUGAAGAUUAUGAUUUCUUUAGACUGUGCCAAAUUUCAAAAUGUCUUAUAUUUAAUACAAAAAUAUAUCAUCAUCGAUCGGAGGAGGACUUUAAUACUUUUAGACAGACAUUUCGGGAAGUUUUUGAAUAUUGUCACAAAAAGGGCAUAAGAUCUAUUGGCAUACCACCAAUAGGCUGUGGAAAUUUGGAUUAUGGAUUAGAACGUGUAACAGAUAUUUUUUAUGAAGAAAUGAUUCAAUUUAUGAAAAAGUAUCCAAAUUCAAGAUUAAAGAAAUUCGUAUAUACAUCAUUAACGAAUCGUCCACGUUUUUUUGAACAUUUUCACAAUUUGAUGGAAAAAGAAACAAUGAUAAAAAUUUCUGCAAAAUCUAAAGAAACUCUAGAUAAGAUUGUAGGCGUGCUUAAAUCCUUUAUAAAUGAACUCUACCAUGUUGAAUAUAUCUGUCUGAAUGAAGAAAGUGAUUUAAAUUCGUUUGCUAAUUUGGGAAAUCUAUACGUUAAAGUAACACCUUGGCAAAAUGGUUCGAAUAAUUUGAAGAUUUUAACGAUUGCUGGAAUCAAAAAUUUCGUUAUGCAAGUAUCAAAAACAGCAACAGCUAUAGUUUAUAAAGAUGUGCAGCUGAAAGGAGGAGUGUUGUGGGAACAUUUAAAAACUGAAAAAGAUGCUAGAAAACGAAUAAAGCUUCGAAUGAUGUUAAAUGAUCAUACACCGCCAAAUUGGACAAUACUUACUGGAUCUCUUAAUAAUAUAACAGGAGACGAAUAUAAACUAAUAGAUCUCUCUAAUGACAACCCUAAUAUGUUUAACAUAAUAAAAGACUUUAUGAAUUCUAUUUGGAAUGAUCCUUCUCCUUUCCAGAUAAUAAGUUUUACUAUAGAUGUUACUGCAAUUUAUCAAAUUGAAAAUCCUCAACUAAUUAAAUUGUAUGGAACAAAGCAUAAAAACUAUUGCAUGAAAAUUCUGUCAAAUCAUCAUAUUUCGUAUAUCGAAACAAAAAGUGACAAAUACCUGCCGAACGAAUUGAAAUCGUUACUAACCAAAGAAAUCAAUGAGCAUUAUCUUUUCCAUGGUACCGACAUUACAGCAGCAAAUUCCAUUUCCGAAAAUGGUUUCAAUCAUAGUAUUGCUAAAACUGGUCUGUUAAAUACACAUAUAACUUUCGCUCAAGAUCCAAAAAAAUCAGAUAUCUCUACAUCCGAUAAUGUCAGAUAUAUUUUAAUAUCCAGAGUAAUACUUGGUGAUGCUUUUAAAACUGACGAAAGUUUUGAAAGUGUAUCAAGCCCACCUUGUAAAGUAUGCUCAAAAGCACUCUGUACGGUGCACAACGAAAUGUACGAUAGCAUAUUUGCUACGCACAUGGAGAUCGCUCACUCAGACCACAUUGUUUAUGAUAAGGAUUUAUGUUAUCCAGAAUUUAUUAUAUCAUAUAAACCAAAAAAUGAAAAUCAAAUUUCAUUGAAAGAUGCUAUAGAAAAACCAAUUACUUGGAAGGAUUUUGAUGAAGCAGCCGAUCCAGAAGAGAUCGGUAUCAAACAGUUUGUUGAUAGAAGUUUUGAUUUAACUAAAGAGUUUUUAGAAAAUGCUAAAGAAAAACCAAUUACUUGGAAGGAUUUCGAUGAAGAAACCGAUCCAGAAGAGAGACUUGAGUUUAUGAAAGAUACUUGGAGAGAUAAUGAGAAUGCUAUAGCAUCUUUAGAUGAUAUAGAAAUCUUGGGGAUUGAACGGUCAGAGAAUCCUAGAUUAUAUCAACCUUAUUCCUUUGAACAUAAGAAAUUUUGCGAGAGUUUGAGCUCUGAUAAAUUUCCUAUGUUGAGCACCAAAACUAGUAAACAUUGUCCAGUUGAAUUGUCAUCUCUUCUAGCGCCCGAAAUCAAUGAAUUUUACUUUUUCCAUGGAACGGAUGCCGCAUGUAAAAAUAACAUUCUAGAACAGGGAUUUGGAAUCAAUGAAUUUUACUUUUUCCAUGGAACGAAUUAUCCAUCUAAACAUGAGAUUUUCCACCAGGGAUUUGAUUUUCGACUUGAUGGAGUAGGUUACUAUGGUAUGGGUGCAUAUUUUGCUGAAGAUCCCAAGAAAUCUGAUGGUUAUACCUUCGGCCGUGGUACGACUAUACAAGAGAAAUAUGAUUUAAAAAGACAUAUCAUCAUAGGAAGAGUAAUACUUGGAAAUUCAACUGUCGUCUCUCGAGAUUUGAACCUCAAACGACCUCCCUGUAAAACCUGCAAGGCAAAUGUAUGUAUGGACCAUAAUGAAUAUUUCGAUUCUGUUCGUGGAAAUGAAGGCCUUGAAAAUACUUUUUGGGAAUACAUUGUUUACAGUCUAACACAAUGUUAUCCCGAAUAUCUUGUAACUUACAAGCUGAAACAGAAAGAGAAUUCUCCAUAG